AUACGCGCGGUGGCGGGGAGUGAGGAUGGCGGAUAGUGAUGUUGAACCAGCACCCGACUGGAGUAAUCGGCUGUCUAAUACUGCCGAGGACACUUUCGUCGCCAUGGAAGGCUUGCUGACUACCUUGAGGGCGCUGGAAGCAACGCUCUUGCAACAAGACAUUUCGGAAAUAUCUUCCACCGAAUAUUGCGACAACUUCUGCCAGGCACUGAUGCACUAUGCUGGGAGCAGGAAUUCUGUGGAGCAUGGUCUUCCCCUUCUGGAGGUCUACUGCCUGUCCAUCAACUGCUUCGCUGCUGCAAGGCCACACCUCACCGCAGACUCUGAUAAUGUGGCCCUCGUGUUAAAGAGACUAGCAUUGAGCUGUUUUGAACUGUUGCUGUCUGUGCCUGAAAAUGAAAUCCCUUAUGAGACCUGGGUUCAAUUUUACCGUUCUGUUCAGGUGGCCCAUGAUGCCUUGUUGGAGUAUGGGAGCACAGACCUGCAAGCCUUGCUCCAGAUCACAGGAGAGGGGGGAGCAUGGAGUAACCCUGUCCUAGGCGCCCUUCUCACUGGUCGCCCCACAAACAUAGCGGAAGUUGAGGCGUACAUCGCCUUGGAGGGGGAGGGCUUCAUGGAGAUGCGUGUCAAACACCUGGAGAAAGUAGGAGAGGUGGCGAAGGCUGUUGUGCUGGCUAAGUCCUGUGCCGAAUGCCACCUUGUCUCCAACCAAACCACCUUCCGGCAGACCUACGUCUCUCUCCUCUGCCACCUGCUGCCCGGUGAGGAGGCCAUCAUGGAGAUAUCCAGACUGGACUGUAAGGAUGUGCUGGAUAUUACAUGCAGUUUGGAGACUGGGGGGGAGGAAAACACGGCCUUCAUCCUGUGUACCACCUUCCUAACUCGACAGCUGCAGCAGCAAAGCCUGUACUGCUCCUGGGAGCUCACACUGCUGUGGAGUAAGCUUCAGAGAAGGAUUGACCCAUCUUUGGAAUCACUGCUGGAGCGUUGCCUGCAGCUAGGCGCCAUUGCUAAGACCGUUUACCAUCUGCUCUUCCUUGUGCACGUCAUUCGGACAGAGGCAGAGGUGCUUGGUCUGGCUUCGUCUGUGGAGUUAUGUGUUAAAGCACUACAGCUCCCAGACCAAGAGGACACAGAGACGAGGAUUUCUGUGUGCAAGACUGUAGCCUGCCUCCUACCAGACGAUCUUGAGGUGUUGCGUGCUUGCCAGCUGACAGAGUUUCUUUUAGGCCUCUCUCAUGUGGCCUUCAGCUCCCUUGAAGAGCUCUCUCUGCAGACCGAUCAGAAGUAUGACCAGGAAAAUUCCAUCAUCCCCAACUCUCUGCGGUGUGAACUGCUCCUGGCACUUAAAGCCCACUGGCCUUUCGACCCUGAAUUCUGGGACUGGAAAACACUCAAGCAUCAGUGCAUCAGGCUGCUGGGGCUUGACCCUGAGCCAGAGGAAGAUGAGGAGGAGCAGGAGAUUAGUCUUGGGCAGGAUGUAAAGGAGGAGGUGGAGAGGGGGUUUGUUGAUAUGCCAAGAGAAUACUUAAAUCGGACAAUUGUUGGCAUUGAUGGUCAUAAUAAAGAUGAGAAAAAUGAGUGGGACAGUAAACCACCUUUGAAGCCAGAUGUUGAGCAGGGCUCACUUCAGAAGAAAUACAAGUUCCUCUGCAAGAUUUGUAAGAAAAGUGUUACUGAAACGCGAAUUCUUCUUCACUCUAAGAGGCAUGAAAACAACGGUGUUUUCACCUGCCCUGUCUGCCUGAAGAGGUUUAAAAGCAGAAAAGAUUUUAUCCCACAUACUAAACUACACCUUCGAAUGCCACCCAGAAGCACUCGGCAAAAGAGAAAGGACAAAAAGAGGAUUGAUUGGGAUAAGGAAAUGGAGGAGGACGACUUGGAGCCUGUUGAGAUUGCUCUUGAUCCAUCCUUAAUGCUGUACUACCAGUCCACACAUGAUCCUGAUGUUUUGGAGCACAUUUUAGAACAAGCUUCAUCUGCCCCCAGGUACCCUGGACUUGAAGAUAACGUCACAUUUGAUUACAUUAACUUUCAUUUUGAAUUGCAGAAUCAUGACAUAUAUACAUGCCCUGCCACUCACUGUACAAAGACUUUUAAGCAUUCCAAGUACUUGGGUGUGCAUUUAAAAUCUGAAUACCACGUUGGGGACCAGAACGUGAAACAUUAUUUUGAAAUGAAAGAACGUAGGGAAAAGUGCACUUACUGCCGGCGCCACUUCAUGUCUGCCUAUCACCACCGACGACAUCAGCGUUUGCACUACGGUGACCUGCCUUACAUUUGUAUGGUCACAGGUUGUGGUGCUCGUUUCAGCACCUCCAAUAAGCUUGUUGCACAUAAGCAUAGCCAUGGCUAUCAAGUUAGCUACCAGUGUGAGCUCAAAGGAUGUCGUCUUUCUUUCUCUGACUUGGGACAGGUAUACCACCAUGAAGCACAGCACUUUCGUGAUGCUGCAUACAGCUGCACAAGCCUUGAAUGCAAAAAGUUCUACUUUUCUAAAAAGGAAUUCAGCAAGCAUUUAGCCACACACGGCAUUACCUUCUCUGAGGAAGACUUUGAGGCACAGAGGAAGGCCAAAAUAAAACAUCUUGAUUCCAUAACUGAGGACAUAGCCAGACCCAAAAAGUAUUGUAAAAGAAAGACUGCACUGGAGGAGUUAGUCAGUGGGGGAAACAAUGCUACUUCCUAUACAUGCAGUGCGUCCUCGUCACAUGUAUCGAGCUGCAAGGAGCCCAAAGGCACAAUGACCUCGGUUGCUGUGUGCUUUGAUGGAAAAAAGUUCACUUGUGGUUUUGAGAGGUGUGGAUUGACCUUCUCCAAAGCCAGAGAUGUUCACAAGCACCUGAGGUGUAUUCAUCCAGAGCACUUCAAGGCAGAGAAUAAGGAACUCGGUCUUGACAAAGAAGUGGGCUUGAAAUCUAAAGGUCUAAAGGUCAAAACAGAGCAGGACAAUGAUGACCAGAACAAACAUGAACAUGCAGCUUGUCUGCUAAUGAAGGGAUCAAGCCAGGGAAAUGCUUGCCCUUCCCUUACCAAGAACACCACAACAUCUCCAUCAUGCCUUGCCAAUGAUAAUGCCCAUUUGAGAGAGAUUUUGAUUGGGCUUAGCCAGCUUAGUCUGACUCCCUCCAACUCUACAAAUGGAUAUACUGAGCCCUCCCACCCAAUGUCAGGGUCCACCACAUCAAAUAUAUCCUGCCAUCAGGGUGUUGGCACCAGGUCCCCAAUUGUAUUAUUGCAAAAGAGAGCUCCACCCGCUGUUGGUGAGAGGAGGCAAUUGACAUCAAACGUUGAACCAUCUGUUGCCCACAGUCUACCCUCAGAGCAACACUUAGAGUCAGACCAGAUCAGCCCUUAUGUUUUGCAAGCUUCUACUAAACCAUACUUAUGUGAGCUUAAUGGCUGCAAUUUUAGAUGUGUGAUUAGCACUACCCUAAGGCGCCACUACAUGAACAAGCAUCAUUUCUCAGAGGAGAAGGUGAAAGGAAUGAAGAUCCUCAAGUCACUGACAUUUAAGUGCCACCUCUGCUUCAAAUGCCAUAGAGAGAAGACCGACUUGAGGGUUCAUUAUCUUCGGACUCAUAGACUUAGCGAGGCAGUUGUGGAGAAAAUGAGCUGGUCUAAAAAGUGGGUUCAGGGUAAACCCAAAGAACCCACCAAGCCCACAGUCUCAUUUAUACAAAAUUCUCAGACCCUCACCUGGCAACACCCCUCCUGGCAGCAGAAGUACCUAAAAAAGAAAAUAAUGUGGAGGCGACAAAACGUUGUACAAUUUGCUAAGUCUGGAGACAAGAGUACAAAAUGGAGUCACGCGCCAUCUUCUGUGCAGGAUCAAUUUGAGGAGGAAAGUGAGGAUGGAGAUAUGCAAAGGGGCAGAGGCAGCAUUUAUGUGUGCAAGCACAAGGACUGUGGGAUGCUUUUCUGUCACACCUACAGUCUUUAUCGCCACAAGAAGAAGCAUCAUUCACAGGUGAUGGGACGUCCUUCCAUGCUUUCAGAAGACCCAGUUUUACAGAAGUUUAGGUGCAGCUACGCCAACUGUAAUGCCUCUUACCUCCUGAACAGUAGCCUGGUGCGUCACUUGGAGAGUGAGCAUCCUUACCAGGUGAACCGUAGCCUAAAGCAUCACAGAAAGAGUUCUCCUUACCCGGCGACCAUGUACAGCAAGUAUGAGGGCUGUACACAAGUGUUCACCCAAAGCAGUAGUCUGAAAAAACAUGUACUCUCUAGCCACCUCAAUUACUAUGAUUCACUUGUAUUGCGUCUCCAGAAUACUCACAACGACACUUCAGUCACUGGUUGCCAAAAAAAGUUUAUCUUCACAUCCUCUACGCCACAAAAAGAUGCAACCAAACUACCUCUCGGGCAAUCUCUGAGACACUGCCCAAAGUCUCCCGAAGAUGUUAAGGCUGAAGAAACUAGUGAAGAGCAUGAUGAAGAUGAUGGUGAAAUUUUGAAUGUUGACCCAAGUAUUGUAGAGUCCAAAUCAAAACACAAGUUUGAAGAUAUGGUCUUCCGUUCCCAUGAGGAGGCCUUGCAGAUGUGCCAAGAUCGCUGUCAACGUGAAGCGUACCCAUGCAUGGUGCAGGGUUGUGAUUCUGUAGUCAAAUUUAUACGUAGUAUGCGACGUCACUAUUUGAAUUGCCACAAAUUAACCAAUCGGGCUUUCAAAUUGAAUGAGGAUAAGCUUGUGUUUAGAGCAGAGCAACUGGAGGAGCUGAUACAGAGGAAUACUGUAUUGUCUGUGUGGCCUGAUAUGACGAGGGCACCUAACGGAGUUCUGAAGAUGGAGUAUCAAGCAGAGCCAGAGAACCCUGGUGGUCCAUCUGUGCCUAUGAGUCUACACUCCAUCAAAGCAAAAACACUGGAUGACUAUGACCCACUGGGGUUCAAAGAGGAGCCAACUGCUGAGAGGAAUGUUUUGGUCGGUGCAGAUGACUUGCUUUAUGGAGAACCCUGUGGGCACACGGAGGACCCUGCUACUCAGAACAGCCACAGCCAAGAGGCGAGGCCAAGGCGAAGAUCCUCAAACCCACCGGCUCUUGAUCUCUCUCCCCCAUCCUCCCUCAGAUUCUGUGUUGAUGAGAGCUUCUUGGACAGUUCAGGCAAAGAUGGUGGCAAACCAACAAACAUUUCUGUGCCCUUGCCCUCCCCUCAAGCCCGGCAGCCACUUAAACGUAAGAACGAGCUCCCUAAGCACCCUCCCAUUUCAAAGGACCCCCAGCCUCAAAGCCCCACCCCUCGCACAUUUGACCUGGCUACUUACAGACCUAUGGGAUUCGAGUCAUCUUUCCUGAAGUUCAUACAGGAGAACUCCAAGGAUAAGGAUGCUGAGAGGCCCCAGGCUUCACACUGCAACAACCCCCGGCCUGAUCCACCUGUGGUGUCAGCUCGGCGGCAGGAUUCCUACAGACGUAGCUGUUUUGUAAAGGAGAACAGCCAGGUGGGACUCACUACUACCUGUAGCAGGCUGGCUCAUUCUUCCCCACUUAAGCCUCUUCCCAGGACAGGGGAAUACACAUCAGUCCAGAACUUACACGUCAUCUUAGAAAAGGCUCUUACAGGUUGUGGUGACCUAGCCAUUAAACAGCUGCAGCACCAAAGGCCUGUAGUGGUUCUUGAGAGACCAAGGUUUUUCACUUCCUUGCUUGACCUCUUCCCCACAAAAACGAAUGAUAAGCUACUUCUCGAAGGUUUGUAGAACUGAGCACUUUUGUGUCCAAUAUGAAGACUCUGUGUUUUUUUCUAAUGUUAUUACUACUCUGAUAUUAUCAGUAUCUUUUAAGUUGCCAAACUGAGCAGCUCAAGUUCCUUAAUUUACCUACAUGUUUCAACCUGUGAAAAAUGGCCCCCUGAUUUUGAAAAAAAAACAACCUCUUCAGUCUUUGUAUUACAUUUCUGUCAGAUGAUGAACAUUUCAAUGUAGAUACAGUGGCAUUUUGAAUUUGAGUUUGCUAUUCACAAGAAGCAUUUCCUGAUGUGAACCAUGCCUUGAACAAAAGAGAUCUCAGAUGACCUAAGAUUAAGAAUUGUUCACUUGCAUAAAGCUUGAAAGGGUUACCAAAGUAUCUCUAAAAGCCUUGAUGUUCAUCAGUCCAUGGUAAGACAUUGUCUAUAAAUGGAGAAAGUUCAGCACUGUUGCUACUCUCCCUAGGAGUGGCCGUCCUGCAAAGA